UUUCUUUGAACUCCUCAGCAAAUCCAGUUUGCAGAUGACAUGCAGGAGUUCACCAAGUUCCCAACCAAGACGGGCCGUCGGUCCCUGUCCCGUUCCAUCUCCCAGUCUUCCACUGACAGCUACAGCUCUGCUGCCUCCUACACGGACAGCUCUGAUGAUGAGGUGUCCCCACGGGAGAAGCAACAAACCAACUCCAAAGGCAGCAGCAACUUCUGUGUGAAGAACAUCAAGCAGGCGGAGUUUGGGCGCCGGGAGAUCGAGAUCGCUGAGCAAGACAUGUCUGCUCUGAUUUCACUCAGGAAACGAGCUCAAGGGGAGAAGCCUUUGGCUGGAGCUAAAAUCGUGGGCUGUACCCACAUUACAGCACAGACAGCAGUGCUGAUCGAGACCCUGUGUGCCCUGGGGGCGCAGUGCCGCUGGUCUGCCUGCAACAUCUACUCCACCCAGAACGAAGUGGCAGCUGCUUUGGCAGAAGCUGGUGUUGCUGUGUUUGCCUGGAAGGGGGAGUCGGAGGAUGACUUCUGGUGGUGCAUUGACCGCUGUGUCAACGUCGAUGGCUGGCAGGCCAACAUGAUCCUGGAUGAUGGUGGGGACCUGACCCAUUGGGUUUAUAAGAAAUAUCCCAACGUAUUCAAGAAGAUCCGAGGGAUUGUGGAGGAGAGUGUGACUGGUGUGCACAGGCUGUACCAGCUCUCCAAGGCUGGAAAACUUUGUGUCCCAGCCAUGAACGUCAACGACUCAGUGACCAAACAGAAGUUUGACAACCUGUAUUGCUGCCGGGAAUCCAUCCUGGAUGGCCUGAAGAGGACCACGGAUGUGAUGUUUGGAGGGAAGCAAGUGGUGGUUUGUGGUUAUGGGGAGGUUGGCAAGGGCUGCUGUGCUGCUCUGAAGGCCCUGGGAGCCAUUGUCUAUGUCACAGAGAUUGACCCCAUCUGUGCUCUCCAGGCUUGCAUGGAUGGAUUUCGGGUGGUGAAGCUGAGUGAAGUGAUCCGCCAGGUGGAUGUUGUCAUCACCUGCACAGGGAACAAGAACGUGGUGACCAGAGAGCACCUGGAUCGGAUGAAGAACAGCUGCAUCGUGUGCAACAUGGGCCACUCCAACACCGAGAUCGACGUGACCAGCCUCAGGACCCCCGAGCUGACCUGGGAGCGGGUCCGUUCCCAAGUGGAUCACGUCAUCUGGCCGGACGGGAAGCGGGUGGUGCUGCUGGCUGAGGGUCGUCUUCUCAACCUGAGCUGCUCCACAGUUCCCACCUUUGUCCUCUCCAUCACGGCCACCACUCAGGCUCUGGCUCUGAUUGAGCUCUACAACGCCCCCGAGGGCCGGUACAAGCAGGACGUGUAUCUGCUGCCCAAGAAGAUGGAUGAGUACGUUGCCAGUUUGCAUCUGCCUUCCUUUGAUGCCCACCUGACAGAGCUGACGGAUGAUCAGGCCAAGUACCUGGGACUCAACAAAAACGGGCCUUUCAAACCCAAUUACUACAGAUACUGAGGGACCACACCCACUGAAGGACCAGACCACACAAGGCAACAUUAGAGAGAUUCUUUUUAAAGAUCACUUUUAUUUCAGUUUACCUCUUCUUUUUUUUUUUUUUUUGUUUGCUUUUCUUUUCGAAACCAACAGAGGAACC